AUGGCGUGGAACUUUUUUAUUGCCUUUGGCGCCACCCUGGCACUCGGUCUUUACAAAUAUGUCUCAGGACUAUGGAUCAACGCCGCCAAAGCAAAGAAGACGGGGCUCCCAUAUCUCGUCGUCCCUAUCUCACCUAUCAAUAUAUUGUGGCAACUCACGUUCACCUUUCUGGUUCCCUUAAUCAAGCUAUUACCGAAGCCAUUAUGGGAGAACUGGUUAUUUGUCAUGAUACCCGAAUGGGCUUACAGCACCGGCCAAACCCACUGGGAUCGCAUGGGGACUGAAACUUUCCUGAUCGCCUCACCCGGCGCACUCGCAUUGUACAGCCAGAGCGCCGAGGUCAUCCACCAAGUGACGCAGCGUCGUGAGGCUUUCCCGAAGAACAUUGCCCAAUAUGGUCUCCUCAACAUGUUUGGGCAGAACGUGCUCACGACGGAAGGCACCCUGUGGCGCCUGCACCGCAAGAUCACUAGUGCUAGUUUUAACGAGAAGAACGCGGCGCACACCUUUUCCGAGGCCAUCAACCAGACUAGGGGUAUGCUCGACAUGUGGUUGGGGCCUGAGGGCAAGAAGACCGGCAUGACGCCCACGAUCAAGUCACUGGAACACGAUACGAUGACCUGGGCGCUCAACAUUAUCGGUUACGUCGGGUUCGGGCUGCGGUUGCUCUGGCCUGGCCAGACGUUGCCCAAGGAUAUUGAUCCCACGCUCGCCAAGUACGGCAGCUUGGAGCCCCCGCCAGGCCACAGUCUGACCUUUGCCGACUCGGUGGCACUUACUUUGGAGAGACUUAUUACCAUCAUGUUGUGGAACGACACGUUGCUACGAAUUCUUCCCUUUAAAGCGCUCCAGGAGGCGUACAAGGGUAAGAGCAACUACCUCGGGUACAUGAACGAGUUCCUCCAGGACAAAGUGGAGGAAACCCGACGCGGCGGUUCGCCCCGUGAAGGGAUGGACAUUAUGGGCCAGCUCGUGCAAUCGCAAUACAGCCCCCAAAAGGCCGGCGGCGCCAAAGCCAAGCCCGGGUCCGCGGCCGCGUUCUCGCUCUCCGACAGCGACAUCGUCGGCAACGCCUUCAUCAUGAUCGUCGCCGGCCACGAAACAACAGCCAACACCCUCCACUUCUCCCUCGUCGAGCUCGCCACCAACCCAGCCACCCAACGCCGUCUCCAACAGGACGUCGAUUCCCUCUUCGGCACCACCGACCCCUCAACCUGGGACUACGAGAAGAGCGUCAGCCCACUGCUGGCAUCCCACGUCGGCGCCACCGUCAACGAGACCCUGCGCAUGAUGCCCCCGGUCAUCGGCAUCCCCAAGGUGGUGCCCCCCAACACGGAGCAGACCCUCAGCAUCGACGGCAAGACCUAUGUGCUCCCGUCCCUCGUGGACAUCACGCUGUUCGCGGUGUGUGUGCAGCGCAACCCGCGGUGGUGGCCGGUCCGCCCGAGCGAGCGCACGGGGAAGGCUAACGACUUGGACGAUUUCUUGCCUGAGCGAUGGUACCGCACGAGCAGUAGCAGCAACGGGAGCAGCGGCAGCAGUAGCGGCGGCGACAAGGACAUCGACGACAAGGACGACUACGGUGGAUUCCAAGGCAGCGACGUGGCGGCGUCGUUGUACCGGCCGGUUCGCGGGAGCUACCUGCCCUUUAGCGACGGUCCGCGGUCAUGUCUGGGGCGGCGGAUUGCCAUGGUGGAGAUGGGCGCGGUGCUAGCGGUGAUUUUCCAAAAGUACAGCGUCGAGCUGGCUGUGGACGAGUGGGCGUCGGAUGCGGAGGUGGAGGCAAUGGGGCCUGAGGCGCGGAGAGAGGUGUAUGCGAAGGCGCAGGAGAAGAGUAGGGAGACGAUUCGGCAGGCGAACUCGUUAUUGACGCUCAAGUUACAUGGGGGGAAACAUGUGCCUGUGAGCUACGAGAACUUCCGCAAGACCGACCUCGAGCUCGCUAUCGAUGAGUACCUGUCCGACAACACGACGCGCUUCCAGUCGGACCCCAAGUUCCUGGACUACUUCAAGAGUCGCGCCCGCGCCGGCGGCUCGCCCAUCAAGAAGGAGAUUCCGGACCUGAAGCCGACGUCGCGCCGUCGCGCGCCCAAGCAGGUAGAGGAAAUCACGCCUGCUGCAGAAGAGGACGAGGAAGAAGAAGACGAGGAAGAGGAGGAAGAGAAGGAGGUCGCUGACGACAACGAACAAACCGCGCUCACCACGGCGACCCAAGCCGCCGCCGAUGCCGCGCAAUCCACCUCCACCGCGCUGACGCGCACCCCCGGGCGCGUUCUCGCCGCGACCGCGCGUCUGCAACUCCCGGCUACCCCCGCCGACGUCGCCCGCGCAGUGGACCGCGGCACGGUAGCGCUCCGGGCGCAGGCCACCUCGCUGCUGGAGCGCUCGCGCCUAGGCGAGGGCACGCAGCUCACACGCGAGUGGCUCUCCACCGUCCACUCCGUGGUGUCCGCGAUCGCCCUCUUCGAGCUGUACUACCUGCGCCCGGAGGUCCUCCCCGACCGCUACGCCUUCACCGUGCCCGCCGUGCCCGCCCUCGGCACGCCGGAUUACCCGGUCCACCUGCCCGACAUGUUCGCCCUCGUCACCGCCAGCUUCUGGGCCCCGGCCCUCACCUGGGCGCUGACCUCCGUCUUCCUGCCCAGCCUGGCCGGGUACUUCUUCAACCUCAGCGGCGCGGCGGCGACUACCAGCCACAAGGCCCCAGGGGUGCGUACUCGCCGGUCCACCGCGGCGACUGCGGCCGCGGAGCAGGUCGAGUAUGCCGUCGACCCAGUCGUGUUCAGCGUUGCCAAGGCUGUUGUGACGUAUGUCGUGUACGCGCAGGGUGUUACGUUCGGUGGGCUUAUUGAUCCGACGUCGGUUAGCCGGAUCAAUGGCGCGCUGUACUCUGGCUGGCGCGGUGUGUUGGCGGGCACUGCUGUUUCCGGGCUCACGGCCGUGUAUGAUGCCGUGCUGCGGAAGUAA